AUGGCCAAAUCUUCAAAAUCAAGAAGCGGCGCCUCUGCCUCCGCCUCCGGCGCCGCCGUCGAGACCUCCGGCGCAAACAACAACAACAACAAGAGCAACAUUAUUAAUGUCAAAAAGGCGACAAGGAGUCGAAAGAGCAUUCCUAGAGAAACUCCACAACAACGUAGCUCCAUUUACAGGGGCGUUACGAGGCACAGGUGGACUGGUCGUUACGAAGCUCAUUUGUGGGAUAAACAUAGCUGGAAUGAGUCACAGAACAAAAAAGGAAGACAGGGAGCAUAUGAUGAGGAAGAAGCUGCUGCACGUGCCUAUGAUUUGGCCGCAUUAAAAUACUGGGGACAGGACACAAUUUUAAAUUUUCCCUUGUCCACUUAUGAAGAGGAGAUUAAGGAAAUGGAGGGCCAAUCAAAGGAAGAAUAUAUUGGCUCAUUAAGACGAAAAAGCAGUGGCUUUUCUCGUGGAGUGUCAAAAUAUAGAGGCGUGGCAAGGUACACUUACUUUACUAGAAAUACUACUCAAGAAGAAGCCGCGACUGCAUACGACAUGGCAGCCGUGAAGUAUCGUGGGCCUAAUGCAGUCACUAAUUUUGACCUAAGUCGUUAUGCCGCGUGGCUCGAGCCUCUCCAAGAUAACAACAACGAAAACAACAACGUUAUAACCUCAGAGGGCAAUAUCGACAUUAAUGACACUACACAAAAUCCCGGUCAAGAUGUAGAGUUGACUUUCUUUACCGACCAGUCAGAAAGUCCAACUGUAACCGAAAACACCGCCCCGUCACCGAAUUUCAUAGAUGGUGAUGCCACAUCAUCGUCCCUCGGCAUUUUCAUAAAAUCCUCGAGGUUUAAGGAGAUCAUGGACCAAACCUCGGCUUCUGAUAAGAGCCCAUCUAGCAACUCUGAGCCUGAACCCGAACCUGGGCUCGAGACUGGGAUUGUAAGGAGCAGUUUCCCGGACGAUAUACAAACAUCGUUUGAUUUUCAAGAUUCGAGCAGCUUUGCAGACGAGCACGACGUUAUCUUUGGUAACUAUGAUUCAUUUGUGUCGUCUGUAUUAGAAUAUGAGAUCGACGCUUGA